AUGAGCGAAUCACCUGCAAGCUUGGUAAGCGUCCCCUCUCUGCAUGACUUUGAUCAUGAUAAAAAUGAUCUUUUGGCUACGGUGCAAUUUGACGAGGAAUCAGAAAUCGAGAUAUCAAGCAGUGAAUCAGGGCAGGAUGACACAAUUGGUAGCAUAUUGAUUUACGGAACGGACUAUGAUGAUUUUGACACAGAUGAACCAAAUGAAAGAGUUGAAGCAGUUGAGCAUUUUGAAAAGGUAGAGAGCGACAGCAAGGAGGAAGUGACGGAAAAGCAAACGAGCAAGAGGAAGUGUGGAUUGGAUUCAAAAGACAUUGAUCGACUGUUGGCCCAUAACGAGUACGAUUACCCUGACGCUGAUGAUGAACGUGAAGAAUAUUCGAUAGCAAACGAUACUGUAAAAUUGAAAGCGAAUUUUCUCCAACAGUUCACACUGCCAUCAAUAUCAGAUUUUACGGAGACGCGCAGGUCUGAAAGAAAAUCCAAGCGUGAACGUGGAACAAAUGAUGGAUUUGAAGGAAACGUAAAUCUUGAGGAACCAGUGGCAUCGACGUCGUCGUUGUCGUCGACGUCAAAGACAGCAAAGACGACGCCAUCGUCAACGCCGAGGUCAACAAUAGAUGCGGAUCAGAGGGAGACGCUCUCCGUCGAAUUAUCGCUCGAUGAUGACAUCCUUGCCAACUUGGACAACCUCGAUUUAAGGCUGCGAGGAUUAACACACUCUCUGUCACAUGAUAAGGAGGAUAUAGAUGUGUUUCUUCAAGCCCAAACUGAUGCGAAAGUAUACGUAGUCCAUGAAGCUCUCGAACAGACGAAGACCCUAAAGCGCCGCCAGCACGAGGAAUUAGCCCAAAUAACACAACAUUUUCUAUACGAAAUGUUUGAUACUGUUGUCGAAGAAGUAACAAAUUAUCAAAAUACAGAAAAGGCGAAAAAUAAAUUGGAUAAGGAAAAGAUCAUUCGAAAGCUAAUUGAAUUACAAGACAAAUAUUUGUUCGAGCAAGAGUAUAAUGCAGUUCUUAACAGCAAAAUGGUUGAAUAUUACAAGCGUUGGAAAAAUGCAAGACCGUUCGCGAUUCUCAGCGACAGCAACGAACAUUUCAAGAAAUACAGAGAAGCUCUAACGGUUUUGGAUCACAGGCUGAAAGUCGCUGCAGACACUAAAACACGCACUGCCUUCCUAAUGUCCAGUGUAUCGAUGGACCUCUCAUAUAUAAUGAACAUUGUCAUGGGUACCGAAGAGCAUUUCGAUGACCUUGUGAUGAAAACCCUGACUACCAAUAGGUCGGACUACAUGAAGCAUGUCGUCGAGCGAGAGCUGCGGUACAUGAGUCAACUGCGUUACGAGAUCAGUGAUACACGCCUAUUUCUAAUCACCAGGAAGCACACAUUGGGUCGCAUAGUUGACAGAAUCAAAAAAUUGGAAACAAUCAAUGAAGAUAUCUGCAUGGAUGAUUUCAUUACCAUACAGAAUCAAGUAGUAGCAUUGUAUAAAAAAAUUGAAGAACGUAACGCUGAAUUAAAAAGGAUGCGUCUCGACUAUCAUGCUGCAUUGCAUCAGACCCAGCACAUACAUGAGAAAAGUUUGGCGAUAGUCACCAAACUGGCAACAAGUCAAAUUAAGCUGGUUGACAUGGCAGAGCAAGAGGGCAAGCUGAUCAAAAGUCUCAAAGAAGGCAAAACCCUUCAUAGGGAUCUGCGUAAAAAACUUACUGAACUAAGCUACCAGGGCGCACUGUUAUUCAUGCCAUCUCUAUUGCACGACUAUGAUGAAAGUGUGGACAAGAUAAAUAAUAAGAAGGCUUCAAUCAUGGACCUAAAGCAUGCCAUAAAGCAAACGUCCCAACGUAUAGCUGAAUUGGAAACACAAUGCGUUUGA